UGCAAAGAUACUCCGAAACUGAAAAGAUGGAUAAACCUUUUUGAACGGCCAGUAGUUUAAAAAGAGGGAUAAGCCCAAUCCCAUUAUAGACUAAUAAAUAAUUGAAUUUUAAACGCGACCAUGUAGUAGUCUCUAGCUCAGCUGGCCAACAAUUUUAAUGCUAUUUAUCGUUUGAUCGAGGGAGACUCUACCCAUCCGGGGACCAAAGACGCCACCGAACGGCGGUUCGACGCAACGAGAAAUCAGUGCGAAGUCGGAGCUCAGACAUUACGCGCGUGUCGUCACAUUCGCUACAGGACAAACGACAAGAGAAGCUUAUCGGUGACAAGCAGAGGCAAUGCCAAGGGCCGGGCUUAUCUGCUUGCUUAUCUAUACAUUAUUGUUGGUAGUCUCGCAAGUGGCAUCUAAUAAGAAAAUCGGCCCAUGGGUCCAACCAACCGAGGGCGAGCCUUGGCCCAUGCCCACGAUCAAAGAUAUUUUCGAUAGAGAUUUUCAAAUUCAUCCGGAUCGCUUCGAUUUUCAGAUCACCAAUGAAAACUGUGAUAUACUCGAAAAGGCAAUUAGAAAGUAUAAAGACAUACUUAUGAAUGAUUAUAUUAUAGCAGAAAAACUUAUUAAACAUAAAAAGGACCUGCAACAGGAUGAGACCAACGAUUUUGAGAAUAUUCAAUAUAUUAAUCAAAUUCAAAUUCAUGUAAACAAUCCCUGUGAAAUGCAACCGCAUAUAAAUAUGAAUGAAACCUAUGAUUUAAUAAUACCAAAUAUUGAUGACCAUGAAACGGCAAUAUUGAUAUGUAAUUCAGUUUGGGGUGCACUCCGAGGACUUGAAACUUUCUCUCAGCUUAUUGUUCCAACAUCUAAUGGAUUGAUAAUUAGAAUGCAGAGAAUCAGAGACUUUCCCAAGCUACCGCACAGAGGUCUUCUUAUUGAUACUGGAAGACAUUUUAUCCCAGUUCAAGACAUUUUACUUACAUUAGACGGCAUGAGCUACAACAAGUUAAACGUCUUGCAUUGGCACAUCGUUGACGACAACAGCUUCCCUUAUCUAAAUUCGGAAUAUCCCGAGUUAGCUAAGAAAGGCGCUUUUCAUCCUUUAUUGGUUUACACUCCCAAGGACAUGAAAAUGAUCGUCGAAUACGCGCGAUUGCUGGGCAUUCGAGUUAUUCCGGAGUUCGACUCACCCGGUCAUACAGAAUCCUGGGGAUUGUCUUAUCCAGAACUCCUCAGCACUUGCUACAACGAUGAAGGGCAACCAAAUGGGAAACGAGGCCCAGUAGAUCCGACCAAAAGCGUAUUCUAUAACUUCGCGACUGAUCUUUUCCUGCAAUCGAAGAUUAUCUUUAAGGACCGAUAUUUCCAUAUUGGAGGUGACGAAGUGCCUUACGAUUGCUGGAAAAGCAAUCCAAAAAUCACGAAAUUUAUGAAAAAGCGUAAUAUCACCGGCAGAUACGAGAAGUUAGAAGAGCUUCAUCAUAAGAAACUCAUGAAUGCCUUGAAGGAUGAUAUAAUACCGAUCGUCUGGCAAGAAGUUUUCGAUCGUGUGAAAAAACUGUACCGUAACACUGUGGUACAGAUUUGGACGGGUGAUUGGCGUAAGGAAAUAGCGGCGGUGACUAAUGCAGGAUACCCAGCGAUACUUUCUACCUGCUAUUAUCUAAACUAUAUAGCCCAAGGUGGUGACUGGAUAAAGUUUUACGAAUGCGAUCCACUCGAUUUCCCGGAGAGCUUUGUAGGACAGAAGAAACUCGUGAUGGGCGGCGAGGCCUGCAUGUGGACCGAAUUCGUCGACCAGACCAAUAUACAUUCGAGGAUGUGGCCUCGAGCAUCAGCUGUAGCAGAAAGGCUGUGGAGUGUAAACUUCGAUAACAUUGAAAAUGCUGCUUCACGCUUGGAGGAACACGCAUGUCGUAUGAAUAGACGCGGAAUUCCUGCACAGCCACCUAAUGGACCGGGAUUUUGUAUAACUUGAUGAAAUUUUAGCUCUACAUUUAAUCGUUUAAAUAAUGCAAUUGAUGUAUGAAAUGAGAUGCAUAAUAAA